CUUGUUGUAUAAUUUAGGAUAUUUCAUUUAUAUUUUUUUAUUGCAUGCCAGAUUUUAUAAGUUCCCAUGCAGAGUUUUAUGUGUGCCAAAAUUAUAAUUAAAUUAGGGUGUAUAUACUUAACACUUCCUAAGUAUUUUCUCUCUUAAUUAAUUCAUGUUGUAGUAGUGCACGUAAGUCACGAAAUGUAAACAUAUAAAUAGACUCAAAUUUGUAAUAGUCGGAGAGAUUGUGUAGAUUGUUCAUUGCUAAUAAACUCCAUAAAACAAACCGAAUCAGAGUGCAGAUCAAUUUUCUGGACGAACUCAGUGAAUUCUGCGACAAGUGGUCCUUCGAGCCGGAUAGUAUGGAGGAGUUAGCAAGAAAGAAAAGAGUACGAGCAGGUCAUCGCGGUUACCUGACGAAAGUUGUGGCGUCGGCAGCAGGCUUAGUCGACGCAUUCGAUGAACGAAGAAAGAAUGACGCGGAAGAGCAACGCGACAAAAUCUUGGAGACAGUCGCUAUGCUCCAAAAACUGGAUGAAGACAUCCUUAACUUGAUUGCUGGGGACGAAGAAGCGUCAGAACUUGACAUUGUCAGCGAAGUCGAGGAAGCUGGAAGAAUAAGUUCUGAAGCAAAGUCGAUGGCGAGGAAGCUUCGCCAAAAGAUUGACGGCAAUUGCGCUUCGGAAAAUAGAAUGAACAGUUCGUUAAGGUCUGACGGAGGAGCGUCGGUGACCAAUAGAACAGUUUGCGCAAAAUUGCCAAAGCUGCACGUUAAGCGGUUCAAUGGAAAUGUUUGCGAAUGGCAGGAGUUUUGGGAUUCCUUCGAAAGCGCCAUUCACGGAAAUGGAAGUUUGUCCGAUGUUGACAAAUUCAAUUAUCUUCGGGGACUCUUAGGCGAACCAGCGAAGUCAUGUAUCGCGGGAUAUUCUUUGACUUCGGCAAACUACAACGCUGCAAUAGACGCGUUGAAGGAACGCUAUGGGAAGCCAGAAUCGGUCCAACGAGCGCACAUGCAAAAACUUUUGAACUUAGAUAGAGUGAAAGGUCCGAGAGAUAUUACGUCUCUUCGUCACUUGUGUGAUAGUGUCGAAGCACAUCAUCGAGGUUUGGAUGCAUUGGGAGUGGACAGCGCUACGUAUUCAUCAAUCGUGGUACCUUACGUUUUGAACUUGAUACCGGAAUCGAUUCGAUUGUUGAUCACGAGAGGCGAAAACUUCCAUCAGUGGGAUAUGGACGAUAUGUUAAGAGCGUUAAAGUGCGAAGUUGAGCUGCGAGAAGAGCAUCGAGUUCAGAGAGAGCAACGAGAACGGCAUGGUGAUCCUGAGAAGUCAUCAAAUGGAGCCAGGCGGAACGAUACAAAAACAGCAAGCGCCCUCCUGACAAAAUCGGGACCGGUUCGUUGCGCAUUCUGCCUGGGAUGUCAUCGGCAUGAAGAAUGUGAGAAGAUCAAGUCAAUUGAGGAACGUAAGAAUAUUAUUAAGAAAUACGGUCGUUGUUAUAUUUGUUUGGAAAAGGGCCACAAGGCUCGUGACUGUGACAACAAUAUUAAAUGUAGUAUAUGUAAGAAGAAUCACCACAAGGCUCUGUGUGAUUCGGGAAAGGAAAGUAAGCCCCAGGGAACUGUUGGACAAAGGAGGUUGAGAAUGUAG